GAUCUAGUAGCAAGUCAAAAACUUCUGUGAGAGUAGGUUGGAAAGGGGAGAAAGGCAGGAUAUUUCGCUUCUUUUCAUAAAGAAGUUGAAAAAAUGACACGGCGAUGUAUUUGUGAAAUCUGCAGCUGUGGACGUCACCGUUGCCCCCAUCCACCUACUGCACUGUACGGAACAAAGGGGAACAAACCAUGUGUCAUCACAGAGUACACUGACAAGUACCCUUCCUAUGGAAAUCAGCAUCCUCCGCAGAGUCUCAAACCCAAGCAGGAAUUCAUGGGCAACAAAGGGAGGAUGGAUGGAACAACAACAUUCAAGACAGAUUUUAUCCCUUACGAGAUCACGCCACGUGCUGGUAAGCAGAAGGCCGAAUAUAAGCCCAUGCCUGGUGAGAUUGACUUGGCCACCACAUAUGACCAGGAGUUCCCCUACUACGAAGUGAAGGCCGCAGCUCCUCGCAGGCCCAAGGCAAAGCCUCACGUGGGCUCAGGAAAACUGGACACCGUUCCCACUUAUAAAGAGGAUUUCCGUGCAUGGGCCCUGCAAAAGACCGAAAUGAAAAAGCCGGACCUGGCCUAUCACCCCCCUCCCGAGAAGUUUGGGAACUCCACAACGUUCCAAGACGACUUUGCACCCAGGGGCCUUGUGGCGCGGGAGAGCUUCAAGCCCCUCCACCAGCCCCUGAUGUCAGACACACCGUUCGACGGAAUGACGAGCAACAUGCAGUCCUACGUGCCCCACCCACUGGAAGCCCGCUUCUCCAGGCCCCCACAGGUCUACAAGCCCAGUGGUGUGCCCAUGCAGGGCCUCACCUCGCACAAGCAGGACUUCCAGGGCCUGCCUGGCCGCAUCCCCAAGAGCUGCAAGCCGGAGCACGCCAAGACGGCCUCGGACAGCCCGUUCCAGAGCAGCACGGAGUUCCGUGAGCGCUUCCAGCAGUGGCCCGUCACCGCGCCACCACGCCAAAAGGCUCAGGAGUAUGUGGCGCCCACCGCCGAAAUGGAUCUGAGCACCACCAAUAACACCCACUACACGCGGCACAGCGUCCAGCCCAGUGUGUCGGCCAAGCCCUUCACCCGGCCCGUGCAGUGCAACACCCCCUUCCAGAGCAGCACCACCACCCGGGACGACUUCAAGGCCUGGGCCUCCUGCAAGCAGGAGAUCAUCAAGAAGGCCGACGAGUUGCACAGGGAGACCGGCAAGAUAGAGGACCUCACCACCUUCAGGUCCCACUUUACCCAGCAUGCCCUGCAACCCAGCGUCAGCUUCAAGCCCCCCAACGCGCCCAUGACCAGCGACGUGCCCAUGCACAAGCAGACCAUGUACACAGCCGAGUUCACGCCCAAGAAGAUCAGCGUGUGCCCUGCUAGCCUGGGGAGCCCGCCGGGCUACGCCUUUGAGGAGAGCGACGAGCGAGGUCACCGCUUCUACCGCAGGCUGUCCUCCAAGGAGAGAGACGGCAGGGUCAAGAUCUCAGACACCGUGGUGGUCAACUAGAGGAACAGGCGGGUGACAUGACACAGCCAGGGAUGCUGCAGUACCACCAUGUUGACGCUCAUUAAAAAACAUCUCACAUUUCCUCCUAAAAAAGAAAAGUUGUUGUGUGAGAUAUUUGACAAGGUGUUAUUUAGCACUGAGGUAUGAUAAUGAUGCUUUUACUGUAACACCUCUGUUUUUCAGAAUUAUGAGGCAAGUUAUAGAAUAAUUAGUAAUAAACAUACAUAUAUUUGGCAACUUAAUUGCUACUUUGAUUGCCUUAGACGUGCCUUAAUUAUAAACACGUAUUAUUAAGAAGUGUUGUGUUUUAUUACACUGUCAGCUGUCUGUCCCAUGUAUUUUGAUAGAUGGUGAAUCAAUAAUGAGCACUUACUACCACACAAUGUUACAUCACAUUACUUUAAAUCAUGCACUUGUGUUGUUUACGAUUGUGACUGGGUUUACAAAUGAAGCUGAGCCUUUGCUGUAUUAUGCCAUUGGCAUGAAGUGGCAUCACCAUCAGGAACACUUGGAAGUUGCCAAAUCAGGACAUCCUCUGUAUUCAUUCAGGAAGAAAGUGACGCUAAGUAAAUUCUCAGCAUAAUUAUAUUGUCACAAACACAAAAAGAAUCGAAAUAAAUCUAUUGAAAAGUCAGUUUA